AUGAAAAAACCAACAAUUUUUACUCAAAACAAAAACUUGAAAAGACGAGAUAUAAUCUUGAUGGAGAUUGAGAGGUCUGUGGCAUUUAUAUACCCUGAAAACUCCAUUUCCGGAGAUGAAACUACAGUUGGUGGGGAGCCACCAAAGUCGAAAAUGAAUUUGAAAGAGAUAUUAAUGUUCCCAUUGAUCCUCAUCUACUUUCCUCUCUUCUUUCUCCAAAAGAAUGACGAGAACACACUCAACGACUUCAAAAAAGCUUUGAUACCUUUUUGUAUGAUCUCAUCAUGUCGGAUCAUCGUGGAGUAUAUCAUCCUCCGGCCUUUAUUCAAUAAAGUCCUCCCCUUCGACAUUCCGAAAAAGAAAAGACGCGAACGCGGGCACUUACUGUCUAACGCCCUGUUCGACACGACCGUCAACUUUUUGUUAAUCCCAUUCAGCCUUCACGUCUUUUCUCUCGAAGACUGGUUCCCUAUCCAACUCUUUGGCAAACAAUUUGCGCCAAAGUUGUUCUUCCAAAACUUCCCAAACGUAACAUACUCACCAACGUUCAUCUUUUUCAUUUGUUUCCAGUUGGGGCAUUGCACGCACAGUUUAGUCUUCCAAUUUGUGACGUCGUUCACAAAAUAUCAAGACGUGUCGUACCAUUUAUUAAAGUCGAUAUUUCUAACAUAUUCCGUGUUAAUCAAUUAUGGGAGGGUUGCCGUGGUUUUCAUUCUCCUUUUAGACAUAUUGGAGGUGGUCAAGAAUAUUCAAUUUUGCGUUGAAAACGCGUCGUCGAGGAUUGUGGUAUUCUUAACACUAAUUCUGGCGGGUGUAGUACUCCGCGUUGUGUAUGUCUUCCCAUUCUGCGUGAUCUAUCCCAUCGUCAAAAAUAUCACACUGGUAGUGGACAAGUUCACACUCUAUUCCGAUGUCAAAAAUUUGUUUAUCGUUCUGACGACUAUGCUUGUACUGCUCGGUACAACACUCUAUGACGUUGUCGAGCACUUCGUCAACAUGUACACAUUAUUCAAAUCGAAUCAUAUUAUUUGUUUCUUGUUGUCUCCUCUCGACGUACUUCUGUCACUAACGGUAUAA